CAAAAAUCGCGUGAGCGUCCAGUGUUAAUGCAAUCUGUUUACGUAGCUACAAAGCAUAUGCUCUUAGCACCCAUUGCUCAAUUUUAUAAUGGAUUUACUCUGACUAGACUGUACAAGGCUGUGUUGAACAUCCCAUCAUGGCAGAUUUGAUAACAUCAGAAUUAGAUUUUGCAGUACAAUCGUUAGAAAAUCGAGGCUUCGAAGUUGCAUACAGGCCUACCACAUGGAAGGACGACAGCUUUUAUCGCAUAGUGAGUAAUGUAAAAAGGCAGAAUGUUGACCACCCAAAAUUUGCAAGACGUGAAAUCCAAAAAAUUCAAAAGGAAAAUGAAUAUAAGUUAUUUUUCAUGGCUUUUAAACCAGAAUUUGAUCUUGAUUCAACAGAAAAGGUCGAUCCUGAGGUUGUUUUAAAAAGUGACUUAGAUCGCAGUAAAUCUAUUAGGGAUUGCCCAACUCGUCGUGAUAUGCACGCGGCCGCCGAAUUUCUCCAAAGGUCAAUACAUCUGAUCUUCUGGCAUCCCUCCGGUGCCCAAAAGGAAAUUAUAGAUCCGCCAUUUACAUCUUAUGAAACAGAUGAGAUACUUUAUGUUCUAUUAGUAAGUCGACAAAACAAAACAGCGUACGUGCAGCUUACACCGACCGAAGGAUUUACUGAUGUAGAGAUUGCGGAUCAUAGUCAAUGUCUAGGGAUGACAUUCCGCAGAUCCCUUGGUCAUCAGCUUCAUAGUGCGGAGGAAACAAACGCAGAACCGAACUCUGAAAGCUGGAAAGUUGAUCAAAGAACUAGGAAAGACUUUUUCUGUUCUCUUAGUAAAACAAUUUAUGGAUCGGAAGUUUAUCAUAAAUAUGUGCGCGAACUCAUAGUGAAGUGUCUGCGUGAGGAUGUGUUGGCGGAGGUUUUCUUUGACGGCACGAAUAACGAGGAAGACACUAAAAAUGCCAAACCAAAAGAAAAAGAAAGGGUAAAGAAAGAGAAACGCAGAGCUUACAUAGCUGAAUUAAAAGGGGGAAAGCCAAUUGCUGGAAAAGCAGAACUCUACGCCGCCUCAUCCCUUUAUAGGACACAAAUAUUCGUGCAAGGAAACACCAAAAGCUGGGAUGUUUUCUUUCCUCUUACCUUACAAAGAAAAGCAAGUAAGAGAUCCUCUUACAUUACCUUGAAUGCUGCACAUGGACUGCUUGUUCCGUCAAACAAAAUAUGCAAUUGUUUGCUGGAGCAACCUCCGGUUGAAUACCUUGAGAGUAUUAACAGCGAGAAAUUACAUGCGAUGGUUUUUCGUUCUGUCGUGAGUCAGAGGUCAUCGAUAUGCUGCCCAGGAAGGAGUAGACAUGAUUCACAUACCCAUUUAGACAGAUUUUGCAACAAAAGGAGGACGGAAUACACACGUCACUGUUCGUCCUUCCCUGUCGGCAUCCAUAUAGAUGGAAGGACCUUGGACAAAGUCACCGAAGAUCGUGGGACUUUUCGACAAUGCAUCCACAAACUGAUAUACAGCACCGAUGACGUUUCUGACGACUUUGAAGUACGCGAAGAAGCUCCAGAUGACGAAUAUCUACUCCACAUUGCACGAUGGCUGGAUAAGCUCAUUUACGUUUAUUCAUCAAGGACGAACACUUGGAGAGUCUACAGACAUGAUCCUCCACAGAGGAAUGGAUCUACAAAACAAUGCCGGUACUACAUAACCCUUUUCCACGACUACACUGACGACAGAUACGAUAUCAUCAUACCCGAUAAAGGUUGUAAUUGUAUCAGGAGGCCACCAGCAGUUAACACAAAUCUCACAGGUUCAACACGGUUCAUUUCGAAAGAUAACAGACACAAUCCUCUCACGGAAUUCUUUUUGGACGACGGUAUCUGCGACAGCUUCAGUGACGAAACACAGAACAUUUUGUCGAGGAAGGGCGACUCCCAAAUAUACGAAGUUUUUCAUCGACCAGAUAUGCAAUUCCGGGAAGUGGAUAAGGGACACACUGCACAUUCCCUGUACACUUGUCUCAGCAAGGAGAUAUUUGGGGACGAAGAACAAGCUCUGAAGAUUGAAGAGUUAGUUGCCACAGAAAUGCUAGAUAAUGCUGACCAGUAUGUCAGUUUACUCGGUGUGAAGUCUGAUUUGAGGCGCGGUACACUCAGUUUGCAGAACGAAGUUGACAAAACCCUGGUGCCGUUUCUCCUUCUCUUUGGUCACCUGCCAUUGUUUGCCGCAGCUACUGUGUUUCAAACGCCUAUUUACGUGCUAAAAGUGGAAGAGUUAGAAGACGAGGAGAACAAAUGGAAAAGUAGUUGGUCCUCAUUUACACAGGUCAGAAGAAAGAGAUCACCUGAUGUAAUGCCUCAAAUACAAAGUAAAUGUCGGCGAAACGGCAACUUUGAUCGUUACUAUGUGACCCUUCUACAGGAUCCAUAUGGAAAUUUCCUACGGGUCAUUCCAAAGCAAAAAGAAUGCAACUGCCAACUUGACAUACCUGAUGUACCAGUGGAGUUUGUGCCAAAUCCUGACCAGCAAGAGGCACUUCGUUCGAGAGAUAUUGCUUCACAACAGCCGUUUGGUUGGGAAGUUGCAGAAGAUGAAAUCAUCCAUACCUUCAGACGACUUGACAACGCACUGGGGCAGAACCUACAGAACAUCCGGCAGUUGAUGGGACUGAUAUCAACACAACUUUUGAUGUACGACCUGAUCGUCGCGGUGUUUGAGAGCAGGCGCCGUAAUAUCAACAUCACCUCCAUUACAGGUAGUUCCGUGUCUGUCGUUGGUGCUGGGUUGCUCAUAUUAGGUUUCGCAUUGGCACCCGUAAGUGCAGGCGCUACCGUAAGCCUGUCUGUUAUUGGCGGAAUUAUUUCUGGACUGGGUAGUGCAAGCGUGAUAGGCGCCAAGAUAACUGAAGGGGCACUCACCAAACAUCAACUCGGCGCAUUAAUAGUUAUUCAUGAACUUUUGGAUGUUUUAUCAAAGGAAGCGGUUAAAUCAAAUACGAUCUUCAAGGAGAUUGCAGAAAAAGUGAUGACAUCUAUCGAAGGAGAUGUUGGUGAGCUUGACGACCUUGACGAACAUACUUCUGAUAUCGCUGUAGUUAUGGCUCCUGCUCUUGGGAGACUCAUGGGCAGUUUCCACAUCGUUCCUGUCAUGAUAGCACGAAUCACAUUACGGGUAUCGUCAAUUAUUGCUGGGAGCGUAAUGGGGGGUCUGUCACUGGCAAUAGACGCCGUCAUUAUUGCACAUGCUGUUUAUAACCUCAACAAGGGAAACAAAACUGAAACAUCGGAAAUGCUUCGGAAGAACGCAGAUUUGCUCAGAGCGAUCAAAGUGAAACUAGAAUCGUACGUACACGGAAAUGUAGGUUAGUUUUUACCUUUUCGAAUUCUGUACAACCGUACUCUAAAUAAUGAAACUGAAUAUGUACUUUACUAUUGAAAAACAAGACAGAACAUUUGUAAAUAUAAAAGCUUAACUCUAAAUGGAGAUGUAAGUUAAAAUUUCGGACAUCUUUGUGUAUGGCAUAAUUUAAGUAACUAGUACAUUUUGUAAUAACAUCAUAUAAAUGAUAUUUUUAAAAAAUGUGAACAGCAAUGAAAGAGGACCGUACACUUAAUCGUUAUUAAUUUAAAAAAUCAACAAAAUAUACACAUUCGGUUAUCGGAGUCCGUUUGUAUAGGGAUGCACUUACCAUUACUAAUUAGUGUCCCUAAUAGUUAUUCGUUAACUAAACAAAAAAAUAAUUAACCGUAUGCUUCUAAAAGACUUAAGCACAGACAUGUUAGGUAGGUUAUUGGUCAACAUAUAUCCAGCAAAUCCAGCUUCUGUAAAAUGAUCUGGGCCCGUAUUCAUGAAACAGUUCUCAUGCUCAAGCAUUAAUUUUGUGCUCAAGCUUAUUUCUUGUACCGGUAAUGAAUUAUUUGAAAACUUUAUUUUGUCAAAGUUUUGGAAACAAAUUGAAGAGACAUGAAGCCGGAUGCUGUUUUCAAUAUUUACAAUUGACUUUUUCAUCUUUGACAUGAUUUAGGUGAGUUACAAAAAAGCUGGCUUGAGCACAGCAUCAAUACUUGAGUUCAUGAACACGGGCUCUGGAAUAGCAAAUUACAUAAUCUAUAAGCAGAGAAUGUUAAUGCUUACAGGGAAAAGGAAAUAUAUUUAUAAAUAAUUGUUUUCGGAAUGUUUGACCUAAGCAUAAUGUUUUAGUUACAUUUGAAAAUGUAGUAUUUUAGCCUUCAAAAUAUAAAUUGUGUUUGUUUUCCCUUGAUUGGCUGUAACAUACCUAUGACAGACAUCUACAUCUUUUCAAUCGACUUAAUGUGUUGGAAAUUUUUUCAUGCCAAGGGUUUAAGAUAGGACAAUUUCACCCGGGGGUUUUCAGGAAAGGUAAACCCCUAGGCAAUGAAAAACUUCUUUCAUUUAAAACACCAGAAGCCCAGAAACCAUGCUAAAUCGUUUUGACUGGCUACCGCUUUGGUAAUACCAAUAUUUUCCCUGAGAUCGAGACGUAAGUCAGAUCUGGCAUACCCGGUAUCCAAUUUCACGCAACAUUUGGGGUUUUUCUUUUCUUUUUUGAAGACAAAAUGACCAAUUUAACAAUUCAUAACUGAUGGCAAUUAAUUUACUUAAUAUUUAGACUAUUGCAUAUAGUUUAUUGGUGAAUGAAUUUUGAGUAAAUAAUUAUUGGUAAAUGAACUAAUAACAGUUUACAACAACUGAUUUCAUUGCCUGAUUAUUACCCGUUAAUGUCUUUUAUAAUGAAUUAAAAUAUGAUUUCUAAUGUAUAUUGACAAAAUUUAUCAAAACAUGUUUACCUUUUCCACUUUAGUCAAAGUUGUAAUUAAAUGCACAUACUGCUCUGAUGUGUCGUCAAAAUUGAAAUGUUAUUAUAUCACACAAUGAUUGUCAAAAUUGAUAUGUUGUUAUGUCACACAAUCAUUGCCAAAAUUAAUAUGUUGUUAUGUCACGUACUGAUUGUCUAAUAGGUUUUUCUUUUGAACGUUUUGUUUUUGGCUGCUGUCAUGUUACAUUUCUGUUAUAUAUUAAAUGUGUUACUGCUCUUCCGCUGGUGAAUAUUUACGUUGUAAAGGAAAUUCUGGUUAAUAGAAAUACAAUGAUCUUACAUGCCCUUUUGUAAUUAAUCUUAAACAAUAAAAAGGUGCGUUACAAGUUGACGCCACACCUUAUUAAGAAGAUAUAUGUGAAGACAUUCUUCAAACAAAUAAAAGGAAAAAAAUCAUCAUAUCAAAUACACAUCGAAAGGCUUUUGUUUGUACGCAGGCUUAAUUGUGAAAAUGAGCCAGUUUCUGAAUUAGAUGGUUAAAUAUUUACUCCAAAUUCAAAUGUUUGUACGACAUUGUUUGAUUUCACAUUUUAAAAGGAAUUUUACCUGCAAAACACCACAUAUUGGUGACAGUGAAUUGUGUCAACACUGUUCAUUAUGUUAUUUUUGAAAUGUUAUCUUCCAGCUUUAGUCGCUGUCAAUACUUAGCUGUGUAUGUAUAUUGAUUAUUAUUGUAACAACAUUAUUCCAUUUAUCAUCUUCUAUCAAUGUACACUUAACUUAAACAUUAUAUACUUGCAUUUUGCUUAACUCAACUAUGCUACUUACUGAUAGUUAAAUUAAAUAUUUGACCAAGUCAUUUCCCCAUCGAUUCAAACGGUUAUUUUUGGACUACCGAUGUAUGCUUUAAAGGAAACUUACUUAUACAAUUGGUAUAGGAACUGUGUGAUAUUUUAUGUGUAUUUAUAUGUAGAUUGUAAUACAAAUAAGGAAAAUGAAUAUUUUUGGAUGUUUAUAAUGAGACAUACCAUCCCUUAUUAUGAGUUUUAAUUAUAUCAAAGAAAAAACAGUAAGUUAUCUUUUUCUUUCAAUGUUAUAUAUCAAAACUGAUAUUUAACACAUAGAUCAAUUAUUUUUCGUACCGUGGGUAUUUGACAUAGUGAAUCAUUAUACUUUUGAUAUAUCCAUCAGUACAUUGUAUAAUCUUUUUCCCCUGAAAUCUCAAAAAAACAAAAAUACGCCGCUAGUUCCCAAGGCUCAUUUUCAAAGCUGGCUUGUUUUGAAGGCAGUCAUGACUGCCAAGUCAUUAAGUCACUGACUGAUUUCUUAUUUAAGUCUUGGAAACAUUAUGCGAUGCGUUUUUCAAAUAAUGUUUUUCUUUUAAUUAAUUGUUACGAUAAUAAAUAAUGCAAUACAAUAAUAGCUGUAAAACUCUUUAGGUUGACAGGGAUAAUGUAAAUCAUACCUAGAAGUAAUCGGAUUAUUUUCAUAGACGCCUAUUUUUUUUAGAUAAAUUUGACUGUAAGGAAUUCAAGGCUUACUUCCAAGUUCGGCCUUAUUUCAAAUCAGACUCAUUAUCGAUAUUUUAGGGUUUGAUAAAUAUACAAAUGUUAUGACUUAAUAUAUGAAGAUACUGCACAGGUACCAUCGACAAUUGUUAAACGUACACGAAUUAUGAGUAUGUUCUUAAGGUAUCUGUAGCAUUCAUGGUUUAAAUAUGUUUUUAAUAUGAUUGGAGCAAAAUGUGUGAAAGAUGAUUAUUGUCAAACUAAGUAUGUUUAAUGUGCCUUGAUGAAACGUAUUUCUAUAAAUUAACAGUCACACGCAAUUAGAUUAUGUUUUAAUAAUAAGGUCACCCGCGACAGUCUCGUGUAGUCUAUUGUUAUGGCCUUUUGUCCGUCGUCAUGCGUUGUCUGUCGUUUGUAAACAACGAUCUCCUCAUCAAACUGACGCACAGAUAAUUAUAAUAAAUAAAUAGAAAAAUAAAAAAAUAAAAAAUUGCAGGACCAUUUCAUAGCUGAACACAUUGUUUUCUCAUUAUUCGUAGGUUGGGAUAAGUUUGUCAAAAAUGUCAUCAAUUUUUCUUCAAAUUCAGUAAUCUUAGAAACAAUUACUCUGUAUCAAUGUGAACGUCUUUAUUCAAGUUCUUUAUCAAAAAUGUGAAUUUAAUAUCUGGCCACCCAUUACCUUCACUAUAAUCGUGAAUCGGUUAUUAAUAUUAUGGUUUUGCCUUAACGUCAGACGAUAAAUACUUCCUCGGAAGGGUAAACAAACUAUGGUUUACCUUGAUACAAUGUGUUUAUGUGGAAUGCACCAAGAAAUAAACUGCAAGCAUUAUUACCGAAACCUAUCUGUCCUUCCUGAAAAUUGUGUUCUCCAUGCCUCUUGACUUCAUGUUGUAAUUUCAUAUUAAAUAAUAAUCAACAUGUUAUAACUUUAAUCAAUGAAGAAUGGAGAACACUUUUGUAGGUUUGGGUUUUUUUUCCUGACACAUAAAAGCUAUGUAUUUUGAAUAUUGGCCACUAUCAAACAUCAUUUUACCAGCGAUUCCAAUGUUUCCUUAUUUGCAUAGGGUGUUUUUAUCUUGCUUUGAUUACAUAAGCAACCUAUUUAAGAUAUCAGGUGAGCAUUAAGGCAUGUGAAAUAUGUGCAGUUUCCUGCAUCGGUAUAUUGCCACCAAAUAUUAUCAAAAGAACGUCAUAAGAAACUUUAUUCUAUAAAGGAUUGAACUUAUUUUAAAACUAUUAGAAUUCGGACGUGAAGACGUAAUUUCCGUUCGAUUUCAUAAGAUACGUAAUUCCAACUACAUGUAAACAUGUCCUAAUGCAAACAUAUGAGUGCUAAGAUUGUCUACCUUAUGUCGCCUAUUUUAUCCACAGUCUUUCUGAGUUUGUAGAGAGAAAGUGUUGGUUAAAUAUGACCAUAGUGGAAAGAAAAGAUGAAAGACAAAUAUCACGAGUAUAUCUGUUUUUUUAUCAAAAGGGAUUGAAAGAUUUCCCGAAGAUUUAGAACAAGAUAACAAGAAGGAAUAUAAUGUCUCUACUACCAUGUAUUUCACCGAUGGAAAAAUACAGAUACAUUAAUGUUUGAGGGAGUGACCAUCUGAAUAUAUUUUUUCAGUAGACGAUGUGUUAGUAGCGUAUGGGGAGUGCUCUUAGUAUCUUGGGAAGAUACAAUGGCAUCGAUGGGUAGGCCCAAGAAUGUUGACCAUAUUCAUGAAACUUCCGGUUCUCGUGUACAAAACAAAAUUCUCGAGCAAAAGUGUUUGUUUCGGUAAUAACUUAUUAAUUUUUUGAGAAAAAAUAUGUAUUUUAAAAAUUAUUUGGAAGAAUGUUAAAGAGUUUUGAAAUUUGCACUCUGGAGUUUCUUCCAUGUAUUUGACUAUGACGCAUAUAUUUACUUUCAGCAAGUUUGGUACAGUUUGACUUGGGAAUGAGAGUAGUAUCAUGAAUACGGAACACUUGUGUAAUUUCGAUUGUAAAGAAUGGACUUUUUGCAAUUAUUUCUGUACAUCGAUGUAACAAUAAUGAUCUCCUUUGAAUUGUGUAUUGGAUUGAAAUGUGAAGUUGGAUAUGAACAAUGCUUUACCAACCGAUAUAAACCCUGAAAAAUA